AUGUCACUCCAUUUUCAUGAUGUUGAGACAUAUCUGAGCCAGCGUUCUGCGUUUAUACAGGCGGACAGAGCUCUGCGCAGGGAGAAUGGCAGAUUGGGAGUGCUGACCGAGAAGGAGAAGCAAGGGGAUGCAAUCAUCAGGCAGAUUCGCAAGGACGAGGAGAGCUCGGUAUGGGCAAAGGACUACAACGGUAUACCCCAUCCCUUCCCUGGGAUGGAAUUUUUAACAGGAAAAUAUAUCAUUGACCAGACGAAGCUGUUUCAGAUUGUCCAGAAAAUGCCGAAGGGCGCCCUCCUCCACGCCCACUUCGACGCGACAGUAAAUACCAAGUGGCUUCUGGAACGAGCUCUUCAAUAUCCACAGAUUCAUGUUCGCACCCCUGCUCAAGUCACGUCCACUAGCAUAGGCAGCAUACUUCCCGAAUUCCGUCCGCGGCCCCAUUCGACGGCCCUUUUGUCACCAGAGUCUGGCAACCUGACUUCUUCUGCUUAUACUCCCGGAGGAUGGGUACCGCUCGCGCACGCACGACAGUCUUUCAGCUCUGAAAUGGGAGGACCAGAGGGCUUCGAUAAAUGGGCGCUUGACUCGAUGAUGAUCAAUCCCGCCGAGGCGUAUGGGACUCACAAUACUGUCACUAAGAUCUGGAAAAAAUUCUUGAGCACAUUCUCAGUCGCUUCACCUCUUGUCCUUUUCCGUCCCAUUUUCGUCCAAUACAUCCGCCAAUUUCUUCUAUCAUCCAUCGAGGACGGUAUAUCGUAUGCAGAACCCCGCAUCAACUUCUACGACAGAGUUAUGUAUGACGAGAAUGGACAGGCGAACGUGCCGCACCGUGAAUGGCUUCUUGACUUUGAUCGCGUUCUGAAAGAGCUCAAGGAAGAAAUGAAGGAUCAGGGCAGGGAAGACGAAUUUAUCGGUGCAAAAAUUAUCUAUACCACAGUCCGCGUCGUAUCUGCUAAAGAGCUGGAAUGGUACACAGAGGACUGCAUUAAUCUCAAACAAGAAUUUCCUCAUCUCAUUGCUGGAUUCGACCUCGUUGGCGAUGAGAAUGUGGGCAAACCACUGACCGAAUAUAUCACGCCCCUUCUCGCCUUUAAGAAACGUGUCGAGGAGUUGAGUUUGGAUAUUCCCCUCCUCCUUCAUGCCGGUGAAACGUUAGGUGAUGGAACCAAAGCCGACGACAACUUGUACGACGCCAUCUUAUUGGGCACAAAACGCAUUGGGCACGGUUUCUCGAUUGUCAAACACCCCAGGCUCAUGGAAAUAUGCAGAGAAAAAGGCAUUGCUCUCGAAGUUUGUCCCAUCUCAAAUGAGAUUCUGCGUCUGACCUCUUCAAUGCCUAUGCAUCCCCUCCCCAUUCUUCUCAAUCAUGGAGUACCCAUAGCGCUGAACUCGGAUGAUCCCGCCAUAUUCGGGUACAUGGGGUUGUCAUACGACUUUUUCCAGGUUAUCGCUUCGAGUGAGGUGACAGGUCUCCUCACGCUUGCCCAAAUUGCGCGAGAUAGCAUCACCUUUUCGACCCUUGAUCCUUCGGAGAAAGCAAGGACUCUUGCGCUUUGGGAGAAGCGAUGGGACGAAUAUCUCGAUAAAAUUAUAUCACAGGAUAUUUAG